CUUUGUUUUGUUGAUCCAAUUUGUUCACCCACCCGAAAGCCAAUUUUCAAAAGUUUUGAGUUACCUCCUCCAGUGCAUAAUGACAUCAGAUGAUCCAAAAGUACUAUAUCCAUUGCAUUUCCAUGUUUGGAACAAUGAUUAUAUGGCCUUAGAUGAGCUGCUCCACCAAAAGAAGCAUGAUAUCGAAAAAUUAGAUUCUCAUGGGAGAACUCCAUUAAUGUUAUGCGUAAUGCUUGAUCAUUUGGAGUCUGCACGAGUCUUACUUCGUCAUGGAGCAAAUGCUUGUGUAUCUACAAAUGAAUUCUGGUCAGCUACCCAAGAAGCUAUUGCAACUGGUGACCCUGAGCUCGUCAAGUUGAUUUUGGUCCACAGAGAUGCUCAAAUAGUUCGCCAUCAAGCUGCGAUAGUUACGGAUUUGCUUCAGAAACUUAGAGAGACGCCUGAUUUUUACAUUGAGAUGAAAUGGGAGUUCACUAGUUGGUUACCUCUUGUAUCACGUAUGUGCCCGAGCGAUGUUUGUCGUGUUUGGAAAUGCGGCCCAAAUGUUAGAAUCGACACAAAUUUACUUGGAUUUAAUGGUUCAGCCUCAUGGGUUCGAGGUCAUUUAAGUUAUAUGUUUAGAGCUGGAGAAUCUGGAGCCUAUAUGGAUGAAGUCAAUCAUACUGAUCGAACUAUUUAUCGACAUAACGUUAAUCUGUUAAAUCGUCCUGAUGGAACAGAUGGUGCUAGUGGUGCUGGUGCAACAGCUGGAGCAGCUGCACAGCUUUUUGUUCGUGAACCUUCUGACAGUACUAUUGCAAAUAAAUUAACUCAGCCUAUUUUUGUCACAUACUUGGAUACAGAUAAGAUAGAAUUUGAAAAAAGCAAAUCAGGUAUUUUGGGUUGGCGAUCAGAUCGUAAAGAAACUAUCAAUAAUCAUGCUUGUCAGGUUUAUUGUGCAUCAAAUGUUCAAAUCAUCACACUACGUCGUACUGAACACUUAACCGAGGAGAAUUUACGUGAUCUGAAUCAACAACAUCAUUCCAAUGACAGUGAUAAUGGUAGUGGUGGUGGUCUCAUUGGAGCUCCUGCCAGUGAUAUUGUAUUCCCAGGUGGUAGAGGUAAUCUACUAACAAAUUUAUUACAAACUGCAGCAUCGGAAACUGAGAAAAAGUCAGAAUUAGCUGUUACACAUGAGGCAGCCAGUUACAAUCCAAAUCAUGUGACACCACAACAAUACUUCUGUCCAUCACCUGGUGCACAAAGUGUUCUCUAUGAUAUCGGUCGACCAAAAGUGAUGACAACUAAAGUGAAAACAUUCAAAGCACGUCUAUGGAUAUGUCGGGAUUAUCCUUUAUCAUUGAAAGAUCAAAUCAUACCAAUUAUUGAUUUAAUGUCAGAAUAUAAUCCUUACUUCCAUAAACUAAAAGAAUUUCUUACUAAACAACUACCGAGUGGAUUUCCACUGAAAAUUGAAAUCCCAUUAUAUCACGUGUUGAAUGCAUGUGUCUCAUUUGGUAAUCUACAUGGACAAGAUAACAGUGUCUAUGGUGUCUCAGUAGUACCUACUGGUGGUAGUAAUCCUAGUCAACAAACAUCAGAUCCACACAAGAAAACAGAUGUAUCCAGUACUGCUAAAUCGUCAACAGCAGCAUCAUCGUCUGAUGAUCCUGGUAAUCAACCAUUACUUGAUUCAUCGACAGAGUCUGGUUCAUCAUCACAACCGGUGAAAUGUGUCAUAGACGAAAGUGUAUUCGAUGUUGGUAAAGGGUAUCAUGUCAUAGGUGAGUAAGUUAUACUGAAAAAUGAACAAAAAAGAAGCCUUGUUUAAGUGAUCGAUUACUAUCAUCUCUUUUUUGUUUUAAAGAAGAUUAUUUUGUUUAUUUCUCAUGCACAUUUUUGAGAUAUCAUUAAACUGCAUAUUGAUUAUAUACAGAUUUGUUUUUCAACAGUGUCUACAGGUGAGCCAUCCACUUUUUUUCUUUCUUUUUGUUUUUACAUAUAACUCAUCAAUUAUUAAAGUAGAACACACAAAGAAUAACCAAAUAUUUCGCAUCUAAAAUUAACACAUCUGAUUUCUAAUAUAAAAAAAGUAGAUUUCAUUAUGAAUUGUCGUCAACUAGACAAUCCGUGAUUAUCUCGUCAGAACAAAUUAUGAAGAUGUAUUUUAUUUAGAUAUGAUGAAGAAAAUGUGUAGUUCAGGUGGAUGAUUUUGAUGUACUUGUGUUUUCUGAACUGGACGGUUUAUUUGCGAAGCUUUCAUAACUGCCUGACUAGGCAACAUCUUCAGCGUAUACUUCAAUUUGUUGAAGUGAGCUUUCAGAUUUCUCCACGAGUUUAUUAGUCAUCUCUCCUGAUGGAUGACCUUGAGCGUGAUUGGUUGUUUUUGUGUGUUUUAAUACCCUCUAGGCUACUUGCAUUGGUACUGAUUGUUUCCUUGAUCUGAAGUUUGACGCUUUGUGUGCGAGAAUUCCUUCUUCUCGAUUGGUAAAAUUUGUCUAUGUCAGUGUGUCUAUCGAUUGACGAUUCACUGAAAUAUCAGGCUUCCAAAAAUUCUUUGGCAAAGACGAAGUCGUUGCAACUACUGCGAACAUCACUACAUUGGCCAAAGUGGACGUCCCCUUCGUCUUUGUAUCCAUGAUCAUAAAUUAGCCGUCAAAAGAAAUGACAUCCGCUCCCUCACAUCACCUCAUUGCAUGCAGACAACCAUAGACUUCACUUCGACUGAGACAACCAGCAUUCAAAUAUUAGACAAAGGAAACUCUAAGAAUGCCAGAGAAUUUUUAGAAGCCUGAUAUUCCAGUGAAUCGUCAAUCAAUAGACACAUUGACAUAGACAAAAUUCACCAAUCAUUAAGAAGGAAAUUUCACACACAAAGCGUCAAACUUCAGAUCAAGGAAACAAUCAACACCAAUACGAAUAUAAGUAGCCUAGAGGGUGUGAAAACACAAAAGCAACCAAUCACUUUCAACGUCAUCCACCAGGAGAGAUGACUACUAAACUCAUGGAGAAAUCAAAAAGCUCACUUCAGCAAAUUGAAGUAUGCGCUGAAGAUGUUGCCUAAUCAGGCAGUGAUCGGAGCCUCGCAAAUGAACCCUCUACCUCAAAGAACACAACUACAUCAAGUUAUGGAAUGAGUGAGCAUAUUUAUAUAUAUAUUCGUGGAUGAACAUAUUGUUGACUCGUUUCAAACUAAGCUGAAACAAUGAAUCCAAUCACUCCUGCUUGAUUUCCAUUGGUUUUCAUUCAGUUGACGUCUUUUCGUAAUAAAGUCUACCUCAAAUGCCAUCCUCAGUAAGCAAACAUUUUUACAUAGAAAUAGAAAUUAAAGGAAUACAAGAAGUUUCCCUUUUUUCUAAUUCUGUUUUGCAUCUUAAACAUAUAACGUAUCAUUCUGAAAUUCCUUUUAUAAAUGUGAGUCUAAUAUUAUGUGUAUGGUUUGACUGGAAAGUAAACAGCGUUUCAUAUGCUUCAUUUCAUGCUACUUUCAUACUUAUGCAAUAACAAUUCUAUUGUAACUGACUAAUCGCCUGUUAUUACCAUUAUACUUACGUCUAUGGUGUAAGUGGAAUGAAUGUUUGUUUAUCGCUUUUCUAGAUAGUCUUAUGCUUUUUAUUCAAUUCAUCGACUAUAGUAAAUAUAAUCCUAACUACUAUUUGGUUGUUAACACUAAAUAUCUCGUGUUAGCUAUAACACAUUUUCUUCAUUUAACUCUAAUAAAUACUUUCACAUCAUUGCAUACAAUCUUUUCUCUUGUCUUAAUUUAAUCAAUCGAGCGUAUUUCAUCCUCCAUCAGGAAGUUGUGGUAAUUAAAGCUCACAAUAAUGGUAUUGCAUCACUGAUUUUUAAGAAGCCAUUUAGUUUAACUGUGUAAGGAUGCUAACUAUAUUUUAAUAAUUACUUCAUACAUUUAUCCCCUUUAUGAAUUUGAAUAAAGCGAGAACAACAGCGGUAUGGGCAGAAUAAUAUGCUACCAUCAUUUAUUUCGUUGGCUUCUUAUCAGUUCCCAACAGCCUAAAUAAAUUUAUUAUUAAAAUUAUGUACAGAAAAGUUUUGACAUAUUUGCAAAUUUCACAUGAUGUCAGCUGACAAAGGGUCCCGAACUUAGCGAACAGUGCUCAGAAAAUUAAGCUUAUAUAGCUUCUACACAGGGAGUUUUAGUUUAAACAAAGGAAAGGUAUGCAUACCAUGGUAAGGGAGUUACGUAAUGAAGACGAGAGGUGCGUAAGAUGAUGAGUAACUAAUAAAUUAGGCAACAAUGUACUGAGUCCAACUCAAACCAUAGAAACAAGAGACAAGUAAAAUUACACUUUAUCAAAGCGGUGCAGUGCAAGGCGAAGAUAAUGUAAGCAAAUGAAGGAGACAAUAAUGACAUCGAGUUAUCAAGGCAAGGGGAAACUGAGAACUGCUUCUUUCUGAACACAUAAAUUGGGUUUCAGGCGUUUGAUAGAGAUUGCUUCUGCAAACUUAAGGGGGAUUGAACUAUUUCUUCUAUUGAUAAUUUUAAAGGAAUUUGUGAUUUCCACUGCAUGACCCGUAUCAAGGAGAUGCCUGUUAAUGGCACUAUUGUAAGCGUUUGUUCCCUUGAAACGUUGGCUUUCCGGUACAUGUUUAAAAAAGUGGGAGGUGUGCCUUUCUUUCUAUUCUCUCAAUGUAACUGCUCCCACAGAUAUACGUAAAUUUGUAUACACAGCUGGAGUCAACAUGAGAAGGCUGGAUAUCCGUCGACUUUUAACUGCGCCAAAGUGCACGUUAAUAAUGAAUUGUAAGUGAAUUCAAUUCAAUAUCCCGAACAUAAAUCAAUAAAAAACUUUAACUCAAUGAAAUAUGAUUUCAGAUAAAGUGGAAAUGUGUUUCUAUAAGAAAUGUAAGUAUUGAUUUUCUCCUUUCUCAUAAAUGGUAAAAACCGGUCAAACCUUUCUGCAAGUUUUCUCUUCACAGAAACAAGUUUUUUUCGUCGGUUUCCUCAUUGUUGGUAUUAAUGAUGCAUAUAGACGUGGAGAUAGAGGAGGACACUUAUCAAUCAAAUGUUGUUAGAAUGUUUUUUGUAUGUUUUGCUCUUUAUAUAUUUCUUGCUUCACUUUAUUACAGUCACUGUUUAAAUAUAAUCCUUGUUUCAGUUGAAAAUUCUCCAGGACAUUA